AUGGGUUCUACGGCCUUUUUUCUGCGUGCCAUUUUGACUAUUCUCGUUGUAAAUACUGACUCAGCCUGGGCUGAAGUGGUCGCUCAACGUGCUGACAACUGGCCUGCGCCUCCAGUGGUGAAUAAACCACUGCUUGCGAUUCAAAUUGGAAGCAUUGUGGGCGCCUAUGUGAUCUUUGUCGCUCUUCUCCUUGCUCUGCUUAUCUUCGUUGGACGUCGCCUCCGUCGAUCAGUCCAGUCUUCCAACUAUACUCUGCAUAUGGAGAUGCUGAAGCCUGUCAGACCGCCUCUCAGCAUGGAUCCCAGCCCUGUAUCGCCUAUGUCGCACAACCUCCCCAGUCCCAAAUCCAGUGGAUUCAAGUCCUGGGGAUCAUUACACAGAAGUGCCAGACCAUCUCAGCCAUCUAUCAACGGUAGCAUGUUGACAGUUGAUGAAUCGAUCGUCGCGACCGAUCGGCAAAGAGCUCAAAAUGAGAUGGAGAUGCUGUAUGCUGCUGUCAUGGAGCAUGACGCUCAAAAGGCGUCUGGUGUCGACUUGUCCAUGAAGGAACCAGAGUACCAAACACGAUCCCCUGAUAGCCAGAUCACCAAUCCGUUCACGGACCGUGGCUCCCACGAAUCUGACCACUCACUGGCUCCACUAAAGUCGCCGACCAAAGGCUUCAACAGCUCCCGCCUCUCAAAGCUCUUCAAUUCAGGCUCGCGCGCCAAUCCAGACCCUAGCAAGGUCCGGUCGCCUCGCUUGGCACUUCGAAAGCUGCCAAUCUCAUCUCCAAUGGCUUCCCCAGCGCCCACAACACCCCAGGCAUACAUACCUGAAAACCCACCCCUCUCUCCACGGAUCUACAACCCUGGCCCACCACCAACGGUGCCUCGGUUGCAGAUUGAGCCCCCGGUCAUGCCUGCUCCAGGCCGUUCACGGCCGCCGGCGCCUUUGACUCUGGCGCCUGCUGCCUCUGCGUCACCUUCCUCUUCCUUACCUUUCCGUGAGGCAUAUCCGCAGCAGAGCGCGCCGGCAACCAAGACAACAUUCCUGGAGCGGCCAUCAAAGCACCGAGCAGGACCAAUGACGGGUAUGCCUACGCCGUAUAGUCCAUACAUGCCGUUCACUCCCGUGACCCCGUUUACACCCGGGCGUACCGUAACGAAAAGGCAGCGGAAACGCGAGGAGCGAGGUAAUGGCUUACAGGUUUUGAAUGAGGAUGACUUGGUUAAGAACGAUGACGAUAUCUGGGGUUGA